AUGUUCGGCUUUUCCUACUGGUUUUUGCCCGCGUUCGCCGGGUUGGUAUGGCUAGGCACCCUCGCGGGCAUGCUGGGCUACUGGCUCAAUGCUGGAUCGCCUCACUAUAGCGAAAUGGGCGCAAACCAGCGGAUAGCGUACAUCUCUGAUGUGGGCGCGACGUUUCUCAAACCGCUGUUCAUCGCCGGCAGCGCGACAAUGGUUGUGGUUUUCGACCUCGCCUUCAUCUCCGAGCGAUGGCUACGACAUAAAGCGCGUUUAACACCCACAUACUCCAAGGGUGAAGCCGCCUUGAGCAUCUGCGCUAUCAUCUUUGCGGUCGCGGGAGCAGCUGGUUUGAUCCUCCUCAGCAUCUUCGACACCAAGAACUACCCUUCAGUCCACGAUGCUAUGCUGGGAGUCUUCAUCGGCGGAUACGUCAUCGCUGCCGUCUUCAUCUGCGCGGAAUACCAGCGCCUCGGCAUCCACUUCCGCGAACACCGCAUCCUCCGAAUCUCGUUCUGGCUCAAGCUCGCCUUCAUCAUCGUCGAGCUCGCGCUUGCAGUCGCCUUCGGUGUCACGCAAUACCAAAAGCACUACAACGUCAGCGCUGUACUGGAAUGGAUCAUCGCAUUGAUCUACAUCUUCUUCGUCUGGAGCUUCAUCAUCGACUUCCUGCCCGCGACCAAGACAAGGCGACCCGAAAGCCGAUUCCCAGCCAUCAAGAAGAACCGCGACCCUGAGGCGGCGAUGACACAGGCCAACGGUAGCAUGACGAAUGGACCGGUGUACAGCAACGGCGGGCAGUCACAGAACUUUUAG